AUGUACGGCGACGACGAAGACUCGGGUACCGAGGACAACCGCCCGCUGAGUUUUAUAGCGGCCAAGUACGGGGGCGAGAACCUGGACAAGUCUCAGAAGCCGGGCGACCCGGCCGGCGACCGACUGCGGCUGGUGCGCACCACAUCUGACCAGCCGAAAUAUGCGACGCAUCUAUCGCCCGAACCCAACGGUGUCAAUGGCCCUCCUGCCCUUAAGAAAGCGCAGACCUUCCCUGCGAGGCUACCCGCCGAGACGAACGGGUCGAACGGGCGUUCCAAAUCCCCGCUACCCCCAUUAUCACCGAACCCGUCCUUGCGGGACGUCCAGGAUGCCGAGGCGGCUUCGCAGUUUCCGCUCGCAGGCAUCGACAAUCCCAAUGAUAUUGCCCAGGAGCUUAGUAACCUACAGGCGCUGCGGAGGAUGUCGAUGGAUGUUGGAAAUACCACGGACCCCGACCUUUUGCAGUUCUCUGGCGUAUCGGUGAUGGAAAUGCCGUCGAUAGCACCAAUGGGCGACGACGACGAGGCAGACCCGUCCCGAUUGCUCUGGGUUCCGGCCAGGGUACACCCCGAACUCGAGCCGACCGCCUUUAAGAAUUUCCUCGAGAAGCGGGUGCAGACGAUAAAACGGAGGUCCGGGGACUCGUUUCUCUCCGUCGAAGGAUUACAGCGGAAUAACUCGGGCAGCUUGAGACGGAAGAAGUCGAUGCUCUCUCGCCAGGUUAACAACGGGACCGAAGGUGGGGAAGGUUUUGAGAACGACCAUGCCGCUGAGCUCAGCCUCUCCGAGCUAGUGAAAGAUCCAACCAAGGCGGUGCAGAAGUUGGCUCAGGAGUCGAGAGAGGGUAGCGAGGGCGACAACCCGAUUCUUCCCAUGGCCCCGGGUAUGGGGCUCCGGCGGUCGACGAAAACGACAUACCGAAAAGGUGGAAGCCAACGUUACGGGGACCGCUCGACCUUCUCGAAGCGGCUUGCGGCGAGGCACACCGAAAAGGAGAGCAACGAGGAAUUGCCACCACUCCCAGCGAUUGACCCGUCACUCGAUCCGACCAUCGGGAAGCCCCUUACCAGGGUCCAGUCCGAGCCUAUCACCGAGAACUACUCGCGCCCCACUCGUACCGUGCGAAGGCAACAGAACUUCUCGAGGGAAUCCCCUGCAUCUACGUCUUCGUCAACGACGGUGUCAGACGAGCCGAUCAAGGACGAAGCCGCGAGGCCCAUCGCGCCUUCUUCUCCACCAAAGGCCCAGGUGAUUCCCGCCCGGUCAUCCUCUACCUCGGCGGCACACUCGAGCCCUUCCCCUGUGCCUCAAAUUAUUGAGACACCACCGGCAGAGGAGAGCCCACAACCAAAUCAGCCGCUCCCCGAGAGAUCUUCCUCUCAAAAUGGGGCACCGCAGAGUCAUACCGAACAGCCGCCAACGGAUCCCCCGGCUCGCUCUAGUAAGCGACCUCCUCUAUCCAAGACGUCCAAUCUCCCGGUCCCUGCUGCGAGGGCAAACAGCGUCAAGGAGCAGGGCUCGUCAAACUCGAACGUGCUCGGCGAGAUCAACCAGCCACACGCACUGCCCGGAAGCGGUGGCAGUACUACCAGCAGCUUAACCUUUAUCCCUACCUUUGACAGCAUCGAGAAGAAGUUCGACAGAAAGAGCAAGGAGAAAGACGACAGCGAGAGUGUGGCCUCCCACAAGUCAACUUCGAGUUGGAAGUGGUUCAAGAGCGACGAUAAGGAGAAGAAGAAGCGGGAAAAAGAGAAGGAGAAGGAGCGUGAGCGUGAGAGAGAACGGGAGGAACAAGCUAGGAAAGCGAAAGGCAAGGCUGCUGACAAGAGCCAUGAUCACGCGCGGAUGGACGUCAUCCAGAGCUCCAUCGACAACGUCCCCAAGGGCCGCGAGAGCCUCCGGCUGGAUCGGGAUAGUAUCGAGGGUUUGCCGCAAGAGGAACGGAAGAAAGAGACCAACCGGAAAUCGAGUGAGGGGAAGAAGGAAAAGGAAGGCUUCUUUGGCGGUUUGUUUGGCGGCUCGAAGAAGAAAGCCGACAAAGACUCGAGCCACAAGAAGAAAGAGCAUCGACCGCUUACCCCUGACCCCCCGCCCCGACCUCUCCGCGCCGAUAUCGACUAUGCCUGGACCCGGUUCCCGAUCAUCGAGGAGAGGGCUAUCUAUCGGAUGGCCCAUAUCAAGCUCGCCAACCCACGCCGGCCGCUGCACAGUCAGGUACUGCUUAGCAACUUCAUGUACUCAUAUCUCGCCAAGGUGCAGGCGAUGCACCCACAGCUCCAGAUCCCCGUCUCGCCGCAGCAGAAGAGGCAAGAGGAAGAACGAAAACGGCGUGAAGCGGAAGAAGCCCAGCUGCAAAUGGAGCAACAAGCGGCCGAACAGGCGGCCCAGGAUGGGAACUUUGACUUCGAGUACCAUCGAUCCGGUACCCAGUACGGUGAUGCUCCGCUGCAGCAAGACGGCACCGCUCACUACGCGGACGACGGGCAGAUAUACGACUACGACCAUGGCGAUCAUCAUCACCAAGAUAACGGGGAUGGCUACGCUGAUGAACAGCCACAGGCACAGGGUCACAACCAGGGCCAUGUACGCCAGGGCAGCGGCAGCGGACAGCAAAAUAACUACUACUAUGCGCAGGACGCCACCAACAAGCGGCGCGACGACAACGACGAGAACGGCGACAUGUGGUAG